UUGACUCUUGUUAGCUACCCGCUUGAUUCGAUCCGAUUCGAGUCGAUUCGAACCGAUUCGAGUCGAUUCGAACCGAUUCGAACCGAUUCGAGUCGAUUCGAACCGAUUCGAACCGAUUCGAACCGAUUCGAACCGAUUCGAACCGAUUCGAAAAAAUUUUUGUUAGCUACCCGCUUGACUCUUGUUAGCUACCCGCUUGAUUCGAUCCGAUUCGAGUCGAUUCGAGUCGAUUCGAGUCGAUUCGAGCCGAUUCGAAUCGAUUCGAAUCGAUUCGAAUCGAUUCGAAUCGAUUCGAAUCGAUUCGAGGCAUUUUUUUUUAAUUUUUCUGGGUGGUUAUUCGAGUCUGGGUGGUUAUUCGAGUCGAUUCGAGUCGAUUCGAGCCGAUUCGAGUCGAUUCGAGCCGAUUCGAGCCGAUUCGAGUCGAUUCGAGCCGAUUCGAAUCGAUUCGAAUCGAUUCGAGGCAUUUUUUUUUAA